AUGUCAAACGCAGCCGCGGUACCGACUCACUUCACGGGGGUAGGCGCCCAGAGGCUGCUAGCACCGUUCAGCGAAAAAACCGACGAUCUGGACGCGUAUCUGACGCGCUUUGAGCGGGUGGCCGAAGCGCACGCGUGGGCGCCGGGACAUUGGGCCACGGCUCUCAGUACGUGUCUGACGGGGGAAGCACUCACUGUGUUCAGCCGCAUGCCAGCAUCGGAGGCGCUAGUGUAUGAAAAGGUUAAACGGGCCCUCCUACUUCGUUUUCGCCUCACAGAGGAAGGCUUCCGAAAGAGGUUCAGGACGGAGGCCCCCCAGGACGAGGAGUCGCCAGCGCAGUUUUUCGCGCGGUUAGAAAACUACUGGGAGAGGUGGGUGCAACUCUCAGAGGCAAGCCGGUCAUACGAGGGAGUCAAGAACCUUAUCUUGGCGGAGCAAUUUCUCGAAAACUGCAAACCGGCGUUGGCGUUGUUCCUCAAGGAAAAGAAGAGCCGCGACGUCGAGGAUCUCCUCCAGAGAGCCGAAGAAUAUGUCAGCGCCCGAGAGACGAUAAAUUUUGGCAGACGGGAUGGAAAACAAGGGAGCCAAGGGGGAGACAUCACCGAGGGGAGUCGAGGCAGGCGACAACCCAACAGCGGAACGGCGCUCCGGUGUUAUUUGUGCUCACGACCGGGACAUUUGGCAUCACAAUGCACGAACGGUCACAGAAAUGCGAGCGGCCAGCCGCCCGCCGUGAAGAACGUCUCGGCCUGCGUUGAAGAUGGAUAUCUCGAACUGGAGGACGGGCAGCGCGUGCCCGUCGUGAACUUGGGCAUGGCGCACGUCACGGGUGACCUCCCUGUCGUCAAAGGCCGGGUCGCGGGGAAGAGCAUAAAAGUCUUGAGGGACAGUGGCUGUAACAUCGUCAUUGUUAACCGAGACUUCGUUAAUGCAUCAGACAUGACAGGCAGGUGCAGGGCGGUUUACCUCGUAGACCGUUCAGUGAGGACAUUACCGGAGGCCCGAAUAUACAUCGAUACGCCCUACUACACAGGGGAGGUCUUGGCCGCAUGUAUGGAGAGCCCCUUGUUUGACCUCAUACUGGGGAAUAUCGAGGGCGCCCGGGCCCCCGCCGACCCAGACGGUGCAUGGAGUGAGGCCGAUGCGCGGGAAGACAUCGACGCGACACCGAGGCCACACAAGCGGCUGGAGCCACCAGGGAUACAAACCCAGUCCCAGCCGAUAGCCGCGGUGACAACACGCCGCCAAGCUCAGCAGCAGACCUUCCAGGCGGUCCAGAGUUUGCAGGUGCCGCCCACCCUGGCCGCAGUCACUCCCGAUCAGAUGAAGGAAGACCAGCGGCGGGAUGACACCCUGCAACAGCUCUUUCGGAUGCAGAGAGAGGGACGGAGCGGGAAAUGCAAGGGCGGAUCGUUCGCUAUCCGGCUCAGGGACGGGCUGCUGUAUAGGGAAUACACGUCGGAGUCGGGGCCGAAGACAGUGCAGCUGAUUGUCCCGAGACCGCAUCGCAACCAGGUCCUUCACCUCGCUCACUGCGGGCUGAUGGCAGGUCACCUGGGAAAAAGAAAGACCACGGACCGCAUACUAGCCGAUUUUUUCUGGCCGGGUAUGCAUAAGGAUGUGGAAAACUUUGUUGCCUCUUGCGACAUUUGCCAGAAGACGACCAACCGCGGAUCGGCGAGGAAGGUACCCCUCGAAAGGAUGCCACUUGUCGACACGCCAUUUCGCAAGGUCGCCAUUGAUAUCCUGUGCCCUUUGAAACCAACAACCCGAAGGGGCAACAAGUACAUCCUGACACUGGUCGACUACGCCACCCGCUUUCCGGAAGCGAUUGCCCUGCCCAGUAUAGAAAGUGAGCGAGUGGCCGAGGCACUUCUGAAAAUUUUCUCCCGGGUAGGCGUACCGGAGGAGAUGCUGAGCGACCGUGGAUCAAACUUCACCUCUGAACUCAUGUCGGAGGUGGGACGCUUGCUUUCAUUGCGGCUUCAGACGACGACUCCAUACCACCCAAUGGCGAACGGCCUGGUGGAGAAGUUUAAUGGGACGUUGAAGAAGAUGCUGCGGCGCAUGUGUACGGAACAGCCCAAGGAUUGGGACCGCUUCAUCGAGCCCCUGCUGUUCGCCUACAGAGAGGUCCCACAGGCCAGCACUGGGUUCUCCCCGUUCGAGUUGCUAUACGGGCGGAAUGUGCGGGGCCCCCUUCACAUACUCAGAGAGCUAUGGACUGGGUCGCGCCUGGAGGAGGAGGUGAAGACGGCCUACCAGUACGUUGUCGACCUAAGGGAGAGGCUUGAAACGACGUGUCAGAUAGCCCAUGAGGCCCUUGACCAAGCAGGAGAGCGUUACAAGCGCUACUAUGAUCGUGGAGCGAAGGCGAAGAUUUUGCAUCCGGGUGACCAAGCGCUCCUACUGCUGCCUACUGAGCACAACAAGCUCGCCAUGAAAUGGAAGGGACCGUACACAAUCAGAGAAAGGAAAGGCGAGGUCGACUACGUGGUGGAGAUAGGUGAUGGUGCGAAGACAUUCCAUGCGAACAUGUUGAAGAAGUACCACACCAGGGAACCGGAACCCGGGACGCCAGUCCCAACGGUCGCGGCAAUAGCCAGUGGGCAAGGAGUACCAAUGUGGCCAUGGGAAGAGCGAGGAGACUACCGCGACGUCGCCGCUUCCGACAAACUCAGUGCUCAGCGGGCGACUGAGUUAAAAGCAUUAAUCUCACGACACAAAGAUGUAUUUUCGGAGCGACCAGGUGUCACCGACUGGGCUGUCUGUAAGUUAUCGACGACAACGGAAGAGCCGGUACAUGUACGACAGUACCCCCUUCCCUUUGCGGUAAGACAGGAAGUGGAGGCAGAGGUCGCUACGAUGCUUCAGAUGGGGGUGAUUGAGAGGUCUCAUUCCCCAUACAACGCCCCGACCGUGUUGAUCAAGAAACCCGACGGCACGAACAGGUUUUGCGUGGACUUCCGACGGCUGAACGAGGUGCUGAUCGCAGACGCAGAACCAAUCCCGCGAGCGGACUGCCUGAUCGCGGAGGUGGGAAGCCGGAAGAUAUUCUCGAAGAUGGACCUCGCAAAGGGGUACUGGCAAGUGCCCCUAGACGAACAGUCCAAGGAAAAGACGGCGUUUUCAACGUCGAACGGACUCUAA